CGAAUGCAACAAUAGAGUUUUCGUCCCGACCUAACCUCAACACUUUCAAAAAUAAACAUUUCUUCAUUAUUGUUGGUUCGUUCGUUUAAAUAAUAAUAAUUCAGAAUGUCUAUAUCGGUAGAUGUAAUUGUGAAGAGAGCAGACAAAAUUUAUUACGAAGGGGAACUGGUCAGUGGUAUCAUACAAAUAUCAGCAUCCACCGAUGUAAAACACGAAGGUAUUAUAUUAACUAUGGAAGGAGCUGUCAACUUACAGAUAAGCUCGAGAAACGCUGGUAUAAUAGAUGCAUUCUAUAACUCUGUGAAGCCAAUCAUUCUUGUGAAUUCGACAUGUGAAAUAAGUAGUGGAAGUCGAAUACCAGCAGGAAUCACUCAAAUUCCGUUUCAAAUACCCUUAAAGGCCAAAACAAAUCGAACUUUGUAUGAAACCUACCAUGGAGUCUAUGUCAAUAUAUGUUAUACGCUGCGAUGUGAUAUGAAGAGGUCGUUUUUGUCCAAGGAUAUACAAAAAACUCAAGAAUUCCUGGUUCAGUGCAAACAUAGCAUUCUUCCUUCUGUGAGAGAAACAAGAGGAGUGGAGAUCAACUUGACCCCUCAAUCAAUUCUUGGUAAUACUUUAGGAGCACCGGACUUUCACUUAGCUGGAAAACUUGAUUCAACCUACUGCAAUAUUUCGAGACCUUUUAAGGGUCAUUUAGAACUGAAGAAAUGUUCUGUACCUCUGCGUUCUUUGGAGAUCCAGCUAGUAAGAGUUGAAACUUGCGGCUGUGCUGAGGGUUUUGCCAAAGAAUCCACAGAAAUACAGAAUAUUCAAAUAGGUGAUGGGGAUCUCCCGCUUAAUACAAAAAUUCCCAUUUACAUGAUAUUUCCAAGAUUGUUCACAUGUCCUACACUUGUUGAACAUAAUUUCAAAAUAGGUAAGGUGUACAUUGAACAUUUCUUUAUCUGGUCAAUUUUCGUUUCAAUACAAUUUGAUGAUUCACAUUUUUUUCAGAGUUUGAAAUAAACAUUGUCAUCAUAUUCGAAAAUGACCACCAUAUAACAAAUAAUUUUCCGAUAAUCCUAUACAGAGACUGAGUAUAUAAAAAUUUUUAUUGUUACUUGUAAUCCAUAUGUAUAUUUACAAUAAAUUUUUUUUAACCUA